UGCACGCCUUUUAACUUCAGUACUCCCCUGGGAGUAGAGUAAACUCAGCUCUGUUACGCUGUGUGCACUGCUGUCACAGUAGCCUUUUUACGACAUAACACCGCUGUCGUUUUUAGGCGCAUAUGUUGGAUUUUAAUGUCAGAAAACCAAGGGAAAUUAAUUAGUUUUUAUCAAGCUUCAGUAUAGUCCAGUAACGCUACAUAUAAUAUUGCAUCCGAGUUUAUCGAAUAAAUACGAUUUAGAAAAAUGGAGGGGCUCUUCCACGAAGAUUUGGCAGCCUUGUCAGAUUUGGAUGAACAAAGUUUGUUGGAAUCCCUGAGUCAACGGUUCAAACAAGAUCGCAUCUAUACCUACAUUGGGGACAUCUUGGUGGCCAUAAAUCCAUUUAAAUACCUCCCUCUCUAUGUGAAAGAGGUGUCAGAGAGGUAUAAGUACCAUGAGAAGAGCAAGCUACCUCCUCAUAUAUUCGCUGUGGCAGACAGGGCCUACCAGUCCAUGAUGGGAAGGUUAGCCACGGGACGCCGAAACCAAUGCAUUGUUAUCAGUGGGGAGAGUGGAGCAGGGAAGACCGAGAGCACCAAGCUGCUGCUCAGACAGAUCAUGGAGCUGUGCAGAGCCAACUCACAGCUGGAGCAACAGAUACUACAGGUGAAUCCUCUGCUGGAGGCCUUUGGCAAUGCCCAGACUGUGAUGAAUGACAACAGCAGUCGCUUCGGGAAGUACAUUCAGCUGCGCUUCCACAACUCCUCAGUAAAAGGAGCUAAGAUCAACGAGUACCUCCUGGAGAAGUCUCGUGUGGUCCACCAGGAUGAGGGCGAGAGAAACUUCCAUAUCUUCUACUGCAUGCUGGCGGGCAUCUCCCCGGACGACAAAGACAUGUAUGGACUCCUGGACCCCACGCAGUACAGGUAUCUGAAUGGGCGGUACGGCUCGGAGGACAUAGUGAGGAAAUGGGGGGAGAAGUACAGUGAAGUGUGUAACGCAAUGGACAUGGUGGGAUUUCAGGAACAGGAGAAGGUAGACAUGAUGACUAUCCUGGCAGGGAUCCUGUCUUUGGGAAACAUCAUGUUUGAGCCCACAGAGACCGACGUGCUCAGGGUCACUGGCAAGUCCAUGGGCUGGCUCAAAGCCACAGCCGGUCAGUUUGGGGUGCAGGAGGAGGAGUUGCUGAGGAGUCUGACCUGUACUCUGUCUGUGACGAGAGGAGAGGCCAUCCGCAGGCUGCACAACCAGCAGCAGGCCGAGGAUGCAAGGGACUCCAUUGCCAAAGUGGCUUAUGGGAGAGUAUUCGGCUGGAUUGUCAGUAAAGUUAACGAACUGCUGGCUCCCAACGUUGACUUUGACGUUGAGCUGACUGAAAUAGGUAUCCUUGACAUUUUCGGGUUUGAGAAUUUUGCCGUGAACCGUUUUGAGCAGCUCUGCAUCAACCUGGCCAAUGAACAGCUGCAGUACUUCUUUAACCACCACAUCUUUCUGAUGGAGCAGAAUGAAUACAAGGAAGAGGGCAUCGAGUGGGAGACGAUCUCCUUCAAAGACAACAAGCCUAUCCUGGACCUGAUCCUUACUAAACCUAUUGGGAUACUUUCUCUCCUGGAUGAGCAGAGUGCCUUUCCUCAGGCGUCAGACAGAGACUUUGUGGACAAGUUGAACAGUAAAUUUAAAAGCAGUCCACACUAUGAGGUGGUCCGGAGUCGCAGCCCCCUCUUCACUGUGGUUCACUAUGCUGGGAAGGUCCAGUAUAAUGGAGGAGGCUUCCUAGAGAUGAACAGAGAUACUAUCCCAGCCAGCAUCAGAGACCUCUUCAUCAACAGUGUCACCCCUCUACUCAGUGUCCUCUUCGCAGCCACAAUCUCCAGGACAGGGACCUUGAUGCCACGCAAAGCAAAGGUCAUGCAAAAGGCAGAUGACAACUUUAACUCAACUAGGAAACAGUCGGUGGGGGCCCAGUUUAAGCACUCUCUGGCUGUGCUGAUGGAGAAGAUGUUUGUGGCCAGUCCUCACUUUGUUCGCUGCAUCAAACCUAACGGCAACAAGCUUCCUGACCAGGUGGACAACAAAAGGGUCAUGGACCAGCUAAGAUACAACGGCCUGCUGGAAACCAUCAGGAUACGAAGAGAUGGCUUCUCCUGGCGACCCUCAUUCAAAGAAUUUGCUCAGAGAUAUAACAUUCUGCUGAUCAAGCCAGAUUUACCACUAACCAAGGAAAGCUGCUUGUCCAUCCUCAACACUACUGAGAUACAUGGCUGGAAGUGUGGGUCGUCUCGUCUGUUCUUUAAGUACUGGCACCAGGAGGAGUUGUCCAGGCUGUUGGAGAGACUGGGCAAAGCAGCACUUGUCAUCCAGAAAAACUACCUCUCUCUGCGCUACAGGAGGAAGUACCUGUCCCUACUGUUGGAGGUGAGCAGACAGAGGCAGGCUCAGAGAGAGAGGGAGGAGGAGAACAAGAGGCCCGUCUCUCCACCCGUGCCCCUACCCAGGAGGAAGAAGCCUCAGCCCCGGCCUCGCUCCAUCAUGCCCACAGCUGCCCACCUGGCCCCUGUCCCCCGGCCCCGCAACAAACAGUUUGAGGCCACUCCCUUUGACAACCUGGAGGUGCACAGUGAGCUGGCUGAGCUGAUAGGCCAGGCGGGGGGAGAGGAGCGGGCCAGGGAGAGGAGCAAGAAGAGAAUGGACAACAUCCGCUGGUUCAAGGAGACGCAGGCCCGCAAGGUGGUCCGCAACGGUGCCUUCCCCUGCUGGUUCCAUGGCAUGAUAACACGUAGACAAGCUGAGGAUCUGAUGACGGACAAGCCUGUAGGCUGCUUCCUGAUUCGUGUAGGACAGAGCCGGGAGGGCUACACACUCACAUACAAGGGGGCAAACCGAUGUAGGCACUACAUGAUCGAGAUGCAGUCCAACGGGAAGUAUGUGAUCCUGGGGGAGGAUAAAGCCCACCCCUCCUUGCCUGACCUGGUGCAGCACCACAGCCGGGUGGGCAUCAAGCCCUUCAACGAGCUGCUCACCACCUCCUGUGGACAGACAUGUGACCACAACACAGACUACGAGGACUUGAAGGGCCUGGAUCACCUGGCCGUGGUCGACCGCAGGAGCACCAUGUCUGGGGAAGAGGGCGAGUCGAGCCCGGAUCAGGUCCACCUGGAGUUCCAGCAGCUCUUCCUGCCGCCGGGGCAGAACCCCGACCUGGAGGCCCAGAGACCCCCUGUCCUCAGGCGGAUAUCUGACCGCAGACACCGGGCAGAGGCUGGAGGAGGAGGAGAGGCCCUGAGAGGGAAGCUCAGAGAUGGGGAGAGAGGAAGAGCGUGGGGAGAUGAGGGCGAGCGGGACCGCAAGAGCAGGCCCUUUCCCCGGUUGUAUCCUUCCAUCCGAUUGGCUAUGAGGGAGAUCCAGCAGAUCCAACAGCACUUUUCAGAUGUCCAGGAACAGAGCACCGCUGUCUCUCACAGUACACCCAAACCCUCCUGGGGGAGGACAGAUUCAUAACCCAUGUGAUGGAGGGAGUUCAUUCAAAGCUGCUAUUUGUUGUUUUUGCCUGUCAGAAUGAGUUAACUGGACCUUAUUCUGUCAAGCGUUAACCAGGUUUUUAUAAACAAAUUGUAAGGAGAUACUUCCUUGUUUUACUAGUGUUUUAUGUAGUCACAAUUUUAAUAUAAAUUUAAGUUUCUGAAUAUUGUUUUAUGUGUGUAUGUAAAUUAUUCAGUGGGAAUUUUACAUUCACUGUUUUACUGAAUGUGUUUUUUACAUUUUAGAUAUCUGGUUGUCAAGUUUUUUUCUUCAUAAUAAUAAAAUCUGCAGUUAAAAAAGCUUAGGCCACAGCCAUGCAUUCCUUCUUUAGUUUCACCAUAUCAGUCAUCAGUGAGGUAUUUUUUUUGGUUUAAUUUUUUUAUUUUUUAUUUUAAAUCACCCAAUAUGCUUGCAGACCUGUGGCGAGGAGUGGUUUGGGCUUCAACAGAUAUUACUAGCAGCCAGUGAUAUUCAGAUUAGUAGACAGAUCACAGCCCAGUUUCCCAAAAGCAUCUUAAAGUUAAGUUCAUCUUAUAAUCAUAUGACCUAUAGUUCUAACGAUUAAUUUAUUAGCCUUAAGAUGCUUUUGGAAUACCGGGCCCAAAACCAUAGAGGCCUCUAUUUGCCAAAAGGCCAUGUUGUCAUGGGCAGUGCCAUUGAGGGCUUCCACCAUUUUAAUGUAGCCAACUGGGUGGGACUUCCAACUUCAUUGGCUGAUGCAUCCUGGUGACUCUGUUGGAGUCAUGUCCAACCGGGUCAUCAGGAGCGAUCAGCCAAUCAUGAAGAAGAAAAUUAACUACUUCAAAAUAGAGAGAGUACUUUAUUUAUUUGAGUCAAUCUUUUGGUGCUGUCAGACACUAUAAUGACACAGAUGCAAAGAUGAGUCCUCGAUCUCUAUGAUCAGAUCAGGCAAACAGGAUUCACUGGGCCAUAGAUCUAAAUCAACCAGAUUGGACAGGGCCAUAGAUCUAAGUCAACCAGAUUGGACAGGGCCAUAGAUCUAAAUCAACCAGAUUGGACAAGGCCAUAGAUCUAAAUCAACCAGAUUGGACAGGGCCAUAGAUCUAAAUUGACCAUAUACUGUAGGACUCCAAAUCUCAUUGGAUCUCAGGAUUCUGGCUCUCGCCCUGUCACCAUCUACUCCAUCCAAGGUAAUGUGAUGCUGCUGUGAAACUUAUGGAUAUACGUUGUGCACAACUCAUGGAUGUCAAAUGAUUCGAGAUGGACGUCACAGCGGGAAAGUGCUAGAUGAGCGAACUUGUGAGUGAAAUUAAUGAAGAUCACGUGACUGAGGAAAAUAUUGCCGUGGUUAAAGAUAAUAUUGAAGUGAAUGACAGGAGCCUAUUGAGAAACAAAAAAUGUCUGGAAUUGUUGGAAACAUUGGACAGUUUGAUAAAACUAUUGAGCAGUGGAACUCAUAUACAGAAUGGUUAGAAUAUUUUGUUCUUGCAAAUGACAUUGAGGACAAAAUGGUGCCAACGUUUUUUGUGUGAUAGGUCCAAACAUUUAAUUUACUACGCAGCCUGCUACAGCCAGACAGGCCAGGUCAAAUGAAGUAUGGUGAUAUUGUGGGAAUCAUGAAAUGACACUUUUCACCAAAACCACUAGUUGCUGAAAGGUUUAGGUUCCAAAGAAGAAAUCAGAAAUGGGGCGAAUCAGUGACAGUUUGCUGCUGUGUUAAUUUAAUGUUGUUCAUUGACUACACCUCAGCGUUUAACACCAGUGUCCUCCAAGCUCAUCACUAAGCUCAGGACCCUGGCACUGAAAACUUCCGUCUGCAACUGGCUCCUGGACUUCCUGACGGGCCGCCCCCGGGGGUUGAGGUAGCCAUACUGGUUGUGUGCCUUGAAUUCUAAAUAAAUCACUGACAGUAUCACCAGCAAAGUCACCCCACCCAUCACACCACCUCCUACAUGCUUCACGGUGGGAACCACACAUGCAGAGAUCAUCCGUUCACCUACUCUGCGUCUCACAAAGACACGACGGUUGGAACCAAAAAUCUAAAAUUUGGACUCAUCAGACCAAAGGACAGAUUUCCACCAGUCAAGUCCAUUUGCUCGUGUUUCUUGGCCCACGCAAGUCUCUUCUUCCUGUUGGUGUCCUGUAGUAGUGGUUUCUUUGCAGCAAUUUGACCAUGAAGGCCUGAGUCAAGCAGUCUCCUCUGAACAGUUGAUGUUGGGAUGUCUGUUACUUGAACUCUGAAGCAUUUAUUUGGGCUGCAAUUUCUGAGGCUGGUAACUCUAAUGAAUUUAUCCUCUGCAGCAGAGGUAACUGGGUCUUCCUUUCCCCUCGCGGUCCUCGUGAGAGCCAGUUUCAUCAUAGCGCUUGAUACUUUUUUCGACUGUACUUGAAGAAACUUUCAAAGUUCUUGAAAAAAAAAUUCUGCAUUGACUGACCUUCAUGACUUAAAGUAAUGGACUGUUGUUUCUCUUUGCUUAUUUGAUCUGCUUUUGCCAUAAUAUGGACUUGGUCUUUUACCAAAUAGGGCUCUCUUCUGUAUAUCAACCCUACCUUGUCACAACACAACUGAUUGGCUCAAACGCAUUAAGAAGGAAAUAAAUUCCACUUGUUAACUUUUAACAAGGCACACCUGCUAAUUGAAAUGCAUUCCAGGUGACUACCCUAUGAAGCUGGAUGAGAGAAUGCCAAGAGUGUGUAAAGCUGUCAAGGCAAAGGGUGGCUACUUUGAAGAAUCUAAAGUAUAAAAUAUAUUGGUUUGUUUAACGCUUUUUUUUUGGUUACUACAUGAUUCCUUAUGUUUUAUUUCAUAGUUUUGUUGUCUUCACUAUUAUUCUACAAUGUAGAAAAUAGUAAAAAAUAAAGAAAAUCCCUUGAAUUAGUAGGUGUGUCCCAACUUUGACUGGAACUGUAAGUUUUCACACCUCUGAGUCAAUACAUUUGAGUCACUUUGGGCUAUGAUUACAGCUGUGAAAACACCUGGAUUGUACAAUAUUUGCACAUGAUUAUUUUUUUAAUUCUUCAAGCUCUGUCAAGUUGGUUGUUGAUCAUUGCUAGACAGCCAUUUUCAAGUCUAGCCAUAUCUUCUAGCUGAUUUAAGUAAAACUGUAACUAGUCCACUCAGAAACAUUCACUGUCAUCUUGGUAAGCAACUCCAGUGUAUAUUUGGCCUUGUGUUUAAUGUUAUUUUCCUGUUGAAAAGUGAAUCCAUCUUGGGGUUGUGCCGCAGAGCAUCAUGGCAUGGGGUUCUAUGUGUUGUAGACUGAACACGUUCAAUAUAUAUGGUUGAACUAAA